GGUGUUAAUAGCUCCUCCCCAGAAGACAUUGUGCUCUACAGUGAAAGAAGAAGUCAGUCUGAGGAGAUUUUGAUUGGCUGAAGAAGGCAGUGACCCAUCCUGUUUUCCCUUUCCCAUGUAGGGCAUUUAAGCCUGAGCUUUCAGUUACCUAGUGGUUCAAUUCUAUUGGCAGGAAAUGAGGUAAUUUCAUUGAGGAAAAUGAAACAUAACCAGAGUUACUAUCGAACACCUCCCACUAUUACCAUUCAUUUAAAGCCAAAUGAAUCUAAAUCAUAUCAGCAAAAAAAGACACUUGCCCUUAAGCGCCCUAAAUUUAAAGACUGCCGGGAGACCUUUGGGAAAAACAUUAAUCAUAAUAUUAAGCCAAAACAGUCAAAAGGUUCAUGUCUAAUUAUUCAGCGUCAGGAAAUGACAGCUUUCUUUAAACUAUUUGAUGAUGAUUUGAUACAAGAUUUCUUGUGGAUGGACUGUUGCUGUAAAAUUGCAGACAAGUAUCUUUUGGCAAUGACUUUUGUUUAUUUCAAGAGGGCUGGCUAUAGUAUAAACGAACACACCCGGCUUAAUUUCUUUGUUGCUCUAUACCUUGCAAAUACAGUUGAAGAAGACGAUGAAGAAUCAAAAUAUGAGAUUUUCCCAUGGGCUUUAGGAAAAGCUUGGAGAAAACUCUUCCCAGAUUUCUUGGCUCUGAGAGAUGAACUGUGGAAUAAAAUGGGUUAUAGAGCUAUAGUAAGCAGACGUUGCUGUGAAGAGGUAAUGGCAAUUGCUUCAACACAUUAUGUAUGGCAGCGAGAACGGUCUCUUUACCAUAGUGGAGCUAUAAGAAACAGUUGCAGAAACAAAGUACAGUUGCCUCGAGGACCCAAUGCCACACCUGUAGACUGUGAACUUUGUGGGAAAAAAACACGAUAUAUAAGGCUGGGAUUAUCAUCUUCCUCCUCCACUGAAACUUUGGAAAUGAUGGAGCACCACGUCGCUUCUGGAGUGCUUGAUCCAACAGAUAAAAUGCUCCUUGAUCCAUCAUAUCAUUGUCGCUCCCAAGAUGAACUGCCAAGUAAUGGGAAAAAAAGUAGUCGAGAUAAAUCCAUGGACUGGUUUACGGGAAAUGAAGAAUAACAAAACUUAACAAGUUUCGAAAUGAAUAGGAAAUUAAACACAAAAUACAUGUCAAAAUA